AAGCGGCUGGCUGGAGGUUAGUUAGGCUGUUGCGGCGCAGAGCUUGGUGGACGCGGCGGCGGCGAACAACAGCGCAACAAACCCGGACAAGUUCACAGCAAAGCUGCUACUACCUGCACGACAAACCGGCCAUGUCGGAGCGAAGGAGGAUCUCCGGAUUUGACAGCGCUCAGUGUUACUACUACUGAGCGUGUGUGUGUGAGAGAGAGAGAGGGAGAGGGCUGCUUUUCUGCUCCUGUGGAUAUUGCCUUCAUGGACGGGCAACGGGUUUUUUACGAGAUGGAGAACCCAACAGAGAACCCCAGCAAGGCGGCGGAGUAUCUAAAGGAGCUAAACAAGAUCAUCGAGACCCAGCAGGGGCUGCUGGAGAAGCAGAGGGUCCGGAUCGAAGAGCUGGAGCUCCAAGUGACGGAUCUUUGCAAGGAAAACGCCUGUCUGAAAGAUCAGCACCAGCGGCACCUGGCCACCUGCAGACUCCAGCAGGGGAACCACUCCGCCCUGGGAGCCAUCAAGGAGAAUGUCAUGCAAGAAAAAUCUGAAAGUGAAAGUUCAAGAGGUGUCAGGCGACACGCCUCAUUGCCUGUAGAAGUCUCAGAGAUCCCUCUAAACCUAAUUGCCCUUCCAUGUAGAAGAAGUUACCCCUGUCGCAAAUGGAAGUCUGCGUCUUUUGGUGUGGAAGGUGAUGCUCCAGGCAGUGAGGUGGGUGCCUCUGUGGACCCAAGUGGUGGCUACAGUUGCGUUCCAGUGACCCACAGUGGCGGGCUCGGCCCCGACCACCUGGACAGCCAGUUCUACGGACACAUCUUGCUGCCUGGCCACCCGCGGCCCCGCCGACCCAAGCUCCAGCACUCCCAGUCCAUCCUCCGCAAGCAGGCAGAGGAGGAGGCGAUCAAGCGCUCCCGCUCGCUGUCAGAGAGCUAUGAGCUCUCAUCAGACCUACAGGACAAACAGGUGGAGAUGCUAGAGCGUAAAUAUGGUGGGCGUUUCAUAACCCGGCAUGCAGCCCGUACCAUCCAGACAGCCUUCCGCCAGUAUCAGAUGAACAAGAACUUUGAGCGUCUUAGAAGCUCUAUGUCUGAGAACCGUAUGUCCAGACGGAUUGUCCUAUCCAAUAUGAGAAUGCAGUUUUCCUUUGAAGGACCUGAAAAAGUCCACAGCUCCUACUUCGAGGGAAAGCAGGUCUCGCUAACAGACGAUGGUACCAAAAUCGGUGCACUGGUGCAGUCAGACCAUGGUGGGGAGAUGGGUGUGCAGGCCAAGACCCCCACGACACAGAGUGACUUCACAGAUGCUAUCACAGAGCUAGAAGAUGCCUUCUCUAGGCAGGUCAAAUCUCUAGCUGAGUCCAUAGAUGACGCUCUAAACUGUCGCAGUCUGCACGGUGACGACAGCCACUCAGAGCCAGGGAGAGGCCACCAGGAUAUGGACAGGGACAUCAGCUGCCAAGUGAAACCCUCCCACAGCGCCUCAGAACACCGCAAACUGGAUGAAAUGACAGCGUCUUACAGUGAUGUCACCCUUUAUAUUGAUGAAGAGGAGCUGUCACCACCCCUGCCUCUGUCUCAGUCUGUAGAUAGGCCCUCCAGCACAGAAUCGGACUUGCGUCAGCGCUCCCUCAACUCCUCCCAGGACUAUUGGUCUCUGGCUCAUAAGGAUGAGAAAGGGGACACAGACACCAGCUGCCGUAGCACACCUUCUUUGGAAUGCCAAGAGCAGCGCUUGCGGGUAGACCACCUACCCUUACUGACCAUUGAGCCUCCCAGCGACAGCUCGGUGGAGCUGAGCGAUCGUUCUGACCGCAGCUCUUUGAAGAGACAGAACGCUUAUGCCCCAAGCCUGAGCAACCAGCAGAGUAGCCCCAAACACGUCAGCCACGGUUUGCCACCCCGUGGGCCUUCCAGAGAAGAGGACUCUUCCCGUCAUCGGCCGCGACAGCUGGAGGCCCACCUGGCCAUCAACGGCACCGCAAACCGGCAAAGCAAGUCAGAAUCCGAUUUCUCUGACGGCGACAAUGACAGCAUCAACAGCACAUCCAACUCCAAUGACACCAUCAACUGCAGCUCUGAGUCCUCGUCCAGAGACAGUCUGAGGGAGCAGACGCUCAGCAAGCAGACGUACCACAAAGAGACUCGCAACAGCUGGGACUCACCUGCUUUCAGCAAUGACAUCAUCCGCAAGAGGCACUACCGCAUUGGCCUAAACCUCUUCAACAAGAAACCAGAAAAAGGCAUCCAGUAUCUGAUAGAGCGAAACUUUGUUCCAGACACUCCAGUGGGUGUGGCCCACUUCCUGCUUCAGAGGAAGGGCUUGAGUAGACAGAUGAUUGGCGAGUUCCUGGGUAACAGACAGAAACAGUUCAACCGCGACGUCCUUGACUGCGUGGUGGAUGAAAUGGACUUCUCUAGUAUGGAGCUGGACGAAGCGCUCAGGAAAUUCCAGGCUCACAUCAGAGUUCAGGGAGAAGCACAGAAGGUUGAGCGGCUGAUAGAGGCCUACAGCCAACGCUACUGCAUCUGCAACCCUGGUGUGGUGCGACAGUUCAGGAACCCUGACACCAUCUUCAUCCUGGCCUUUGCCAUCAUCCUCCUCAACACAGACAUGUACAGCCCCAAUGUCAAGCCUGAGAGGAAGAUGAAGCUGGAGGACUUUGUUAAGAACCUUCGAGGAGUGGAUGAUGGGGAGGACAUCCCCCGAGAGAUGCUGGUAGGGAUAUAUGAGCGGAUUCGCAAGCGGGAGCUCAAGACUAAUGAAGACCAUGUGUCCCAGGUUCAAAAAGUGGAAAAACUCAUUGUUGGAAAAAAGCCGAUCGGCUCUUUGCAUCAUGGUCUGGGCUGUGUACUAUCCCUACCCCACCGGAGACUGGUCUGUUACUGCAGACUUUUUGAAGUGCCCGACCCCAACAAACCGCAAAAGUUAGGCCUGCACCAAAGGGAAAUCUUCCUCUUUAAUGACCUGCUAGUGGUUACUAAAAUUUUCCAGAAGAAGAAGAACUCAGUGACGUACAGCUUUCGGCAGUCUUUCUCACUUUAUGGCAUGCAAGUGCUGCUCUUUGAAAAUCAGUAUUAUCCCAAUGGAGUCCGCCUGACCUCGGCCAUUCCCGGAGCUGACAUCAAAGUCCUCAUCAACUUCAACGCACCCAAUCCUCAGGACCGCAAAAAGUUUACUGAUGAUUUGCGAGAAUCAAUUGCUGAAGUCCAAGAGAUGGAGAAGUAUCGGAUAGAAUCUGAGCUGGAAAAACAGAAGGGGGUGGUGAGGCCCAGCAUGUCCCAGAGCUUGGGGUUAAAGAAGGAAGCAGGAAAUGGAAACCUGAGCCGAGCGAGCCUUGAUGACAGCUACGCCAUUGGUGAAGGUUUGAAGAGGAGCGCCCUCAGCAGCUCCCUACGUGACCUCUCGGAUGCAGGCAAGCGUGGGAGACGCAGCAGUGCAGGAUCACUAGACAGCAAUAUGGAAGGGUCCAUCAUUAGCAGUCCUCACAUGCGGCGGAGAACCCCCUCCAGCCGAGACUGCCCGUCGCGCCACAGUGGCCAGUCCCUGCCCAACUCCUCCUCUCUGCUUGGAUCUUUGUUUGGCACCAGGCGUGUGAAGUCCCCCAGCCCCACCCCUCAGCCCAUGCACCCCACCCUCAUCUCCCACACCCCACACCCCGCCAACCUGCACCACACGGCCCGGGUCGAGACGGACACUCCGGUCCCCAUGCACCCACACCACGCCCAAUUCUGCCACAUGACCCAGAACCCCCCGCCUUACCACCACCACCACCACUACCACCCGCCAGCCCACUUGCAGCACCCUCCGCACCAGUUCCACCCACCCCCAUCCCACGGCCAGCAGCCGCCUUACCCACCUCACUCGCAGCACGGCCAUGGGAGCCACUCGGCACACUCCUCCCACCCUGGUCACGGCCCCCACCACCACGGCCCGCCACCGCCUUCCUCCCAGGCCUCCAGCAGCACCAAGCCCAAGCACAGCGGCAUCAGUACAGUGGUGUGAGGCGCAGGAGGGCCUCUCUGGGCUCGCUGACUGAACUUUGAUUUUUCCUCCGAGGCUCUCGGCUGAUGAGACGGUUGCACUGUGCAUCGCUGGUCUGGGGAUGUGAAGCCAGACGAGAUCCUGUGUCUCCUUCAGCAGUUUUUGUUACGCUUAUCACUGGGGCAGUUUAUUCAACCCAAACACAUUUAUUUUCCUGUUGUUCCUUUCAUUUCAUCUAAGGUCGUAAAUCAUGUCUGCCUGCUUCAAGAGCAACAGACAACAACGCAAGAGCAUGCACAAAGACCACAACUACUGUUUCUCCUCAGUAAAUUAAAGUAUGUGAUCAAAUAUCUCACUUACUAGUAUUUUACAGAAUAAGUAAAUAGUAAUCUCGACUUUAAUGUCUACAAAGUGAUUUUAUCUAGUGUCAGGGUGGUUUGGCUGAACAGAGACAGACAGUCGUACAGACAGUCAGACAGACAGUCAGCCUCAGCAGUAGCUGUACGAGUAUUUAAUGUAGCGGUAGCUCACAGUGCACUGUGAUAUCUCUGUUAGCAGUGAUUAAAUGUGCCAAUUAUUGAAACAUUUACUAAUUUAGUCACAAAAAUCGCUUUAUGUAUAUUGUGCAUAGUAUUUUGUAAAAUAAUAUCAGCUGUUAUUCUAAUUAUUAUUAUUAUUACAGAACAAAUGGCAUCAAUUAAAACUCUCAGUAUUAUACUCGCACAUAGGUGGCGUAGUUUCACUGUUAAGAAACCAAUCAAUGCUUUUAUUAGUUAGGUAAUUCACUAAGCUGGAAUACUACUGUAAAUGGUUGCCUUUGAGUUAGGAGUCUGUUAAGAUUGUUCAGGGCUGGUGCACCCCAGCUUGUAUACAGUCUCAUCCACGGCACCUCAUUGGUUCAGAGUCGUCUCUCCUGCUCUGGAAAAAGGAAGCCACAGCAAACUGCUGAGCAAACAGAUUCAUCUGAAUGUCAGCCCCUCAGUUACUGGCUGCUUGUCCACCCCCAUUUUAUUUUAUAACUAUUUUUCUAGAGUCCAGUAAACAAUACAGAAAUGCUCUAUAUGUUCUACUGCAACCUAGUAGGAUUCGUCAAGUCUGUUCUGCAGGAAGAGGAGGAGGAGGAGGUUUUUGAUGUGUUUCAUGGAAACUGAAGGAGUCUGUGCAAACUGUGUAGCAGGGAAACAGCAACAUGACUGUCUAAGUGUCACUCCUGAUGUGGAAGCUCUCAGCUGGCUGAGUGUGCCCUGUCCCUCUUUAGUUUCGUCGUGCGUCUCUUGAGCAGCGAGCGUGCCGUGCGGUUCUGUUUACUCCCUUGAUUGGACUUUUCCUCGGAGCCACACAGAUGCCACAGUACGGAAAUCAAUGAUUAUCACUCUGUGAUGGUGCUCUUAUGCUUCACUCACCACAAACGGCAGUUUUAUAUCAAUCAUCUUUCUGACAUAUUAUGGGCUGGCUGGUUGUACCUCCCAGCCAUCCUGUGCACAGUAUCUGUUGUGUGUGCAGAGCGGAGGCAGGGGGCUGGUGUGUUGGAGCAUAUUUUCUGUUGAAAGUGAUAGACACAGCACUUGUUUUACAUAGCUGAUAUCAACGGCAGAAGUUAGUCUGUAUCUGCUUAAAGACUAUGAGAUGGAUUUUGUUUUUUUUUUAACUUGUGCAAUAUGUAUUUACUCUUUUUUUGUCUAAGAGCAAUUGCAAUCUGAUGGUUGUUCCAUUUUGUUUAGUUCUGUUAGUUUAGUUUUUUUUUCUCCCAGAGUCCUUUGUCAUUUCUUCCCCCAAUGUAUCAGUGAAGUGCAAGUAUCCACAUUGAACUGAAAGGACUGGACCUUUCACGCUGAUAAAGAAUGUCGAAGAAAAUAACUGCAUGUAACAAUGUGUUUUGACUCUAUUUUCUAACUAUUGUGUAUUCCCAAACUAUAUCAGAGUUACAGUUGACAGUUGUGAAAAAAUGAAUGGUAGAAUAGUUGUGACUUCUUCAAUUACAGCUAACUGAAGUCAGCUAUGUAUUUGUGUCACUCCUGAGGAUACCAAAACCUGAUCCACAUACAGUAGUUCAGUGGAUCUUAGUGUACAACAGUAGUUAAAGCUGGACGUUAUCACAGCUGUGUGAGGAAAGUUCUUUGCCAACAAAUAUUGGUGUUAUCUUUACAGCCGGCGUGAAUAAAGAUGUGUUCUGCCAUCUGGAAAUCAAAGUGGUAAUUGACAGACAGCUAUGAGCUAUAAUGAAUGAAACUCUCUUAUCUUCAUGUUUAUCAUCUGUCUCUGUCAAUGGCUCACACAUUACUGUCGUCAAGUGAUAUCCAGUAGAUCUGUGUUCUUUAAUAGGCCCGCUUCUUUCCCCAAGGUUCAAGUUUUCAAGGUACCACCUUCUAAUAAGGCCUCCUUUAUUAUGGGUUUAUAAGCAGUAACUAGUUUAAUUAAUUAAUUAAUCAAUUAAGUUAAUUUAUUGUCAGUAAAUGCUUUACUGAUGCUUUAUAUACUAUGUAAUAAGCCACUCUCAAGAACAACUUUUGGGUUGUAAAGUUCUGAAAAAGUCCACAUUUAUGAAUGUUACUUAGUUAUUAUUUCCAAUAAUCCAUCAAGUUCAUAGUUUUAUGUGUUUUAUGUAUUUUAGAUCAAUUAACCUUGUGGAGUUUCAGACCACUAGUAGUUCUGUAGAGUGGUGUCUGUAGGAGCGGGUCCCUCUUUUAUCGCUAUUGUGAAUGCACACAAGAAAACACGCACACAAGCACAUUGAGGAUGAAGUACACAUUCCUGUUUUCCCAGUUCAACACUGGUCUGCAAACAAACAGCUGGCAGAGGAAGCACAGCAAAGUACUGGCAAAGGCAUCAAUGUAAACACAUACACAAUGAUAAAAAAAUUGGCUUUGUAAAUGUUUCAUGAGGAAGAAAAUGUACACAACACAGCUUAUUGACUUCAAGCAUAUACAAAUAUUAAAUGUAAACAUAAGUUUUGUUUAUUUACAAGAAAAGUCCCCCAGGCAGCUUUAAGUGGUCAAACAGUCUUCAUCAAGAGCCAGGACAGGAUUUCCUGUAUUUCUCACUGUAAAUGUUAUGUAUUUAUAUUUACAUUGGUUAUUGUUUAACUAAACCGAUCACAAGACCAGGUGCUUCACGAUCUGGGUGAGAUUUUUCACAAACUGCCAAUGCAAAUGUCAGUUUUAAAAAUGGUGUAUUACUGAUCUAUAAAAUAUUAAUACAAACAAACACAAGUAUUCAGUUAUAACUAAUGAAACCAUUAGUUAUAACCUAUAAAUUCUCCAUGAAUGGUGUCUUAUUAGAAAGUGGUACCAUUUUCAAACUAUGUCUUAUUAUCCAAAAUGUAUUUUGCAGUACUUUAUGUGCUGUAGGUUACUAUAGAACCUAAUAUUUGACUUUGAUCUGUCAAAUACACUGCUUUUACUGGGAUUAAUUCAGUGCAGUUUAUGUUGUACGGAGUCAGGAAAGUGCCAAUAUUGCUUGGCCAUUACAUUUUAAAUCAGAUUUAUACCAAAUAAAUUGGGGACCAAAUUUAAUCGAACCACCACAACCCCACAGUUGAUCAAUCAGACUUUCUGACACCAGACCAGAAUCUGAACACUAGCUUGUUGUUAUGGAAUAAAGGUGCAGACACCAGCCAAGACGAAACCGAGCUAGUUCUCCAAAUUAUGUCAAAUCAAAGUGUUUUCAGUCACGACCCUCCAGUCCCUUCAGAAGACUGAUCUAUUGUAAAACCUGUCCAGACUGUGUGUGAGGUGCUUUGUUGCAUGCCAUUGAUGCCUACCGUUUUCUUUUUUCUUUUCUUUUCUUUUUUUAUGUGUUCUUCUCUUGAGCAGUGGGCUUGACUAGACCCUAAACCUUCAAUGUAAUUUUGAGUUCUCUGACUGAUGCUUGUUUACAUUUAGAUGAUUUCUGGCCUGCUAGUGCGUCUUUUCAUUUAAAGUUGUGUCAUUCUACUCCGGCAUGCAUCUCACCUCUAUUUUCAGUGUACAGUAUAAAGACAUGGCAGUAUACUGCUACUGAGUGUAAAUAGCAAAUCCAUCUGGGGAAAUCUAAUGUGACUUGAUGAAGUAAAGAGGGUUUGAAAGGGUGGAAACAUUUUAAGUGUGGGUGGGCAGUAAAGAAUGAGAAAACAUAUGUAAAUAGUCUGUAAAUUAUUAUUAUUAUUAUUACUACUAUUACUACUCAAUGUCUGCAGUUACAUUGAAGGUGCAUUCCUGCUCCCCUCCAAUAUUGACAUAAUCAUCAAACUGCUUCUCUCUGCCUCCGACAGGACUGACUUAUCAUAGGAUCUAGAGAUGAACAGCCAACUGUUACACAGUUAACACCGCUUCUGACUUAUUUCCUGAGACGCUCCUGUUCUCUCACACUCACAGCCCACUUUUGAAGUCAAAGGGAAGGGAGGAGUGCUCGUAUUUUAUUAUGCAUUUCUAAGUAGACGAAACCCUAUUGAUGUAAAACUAGUACUGUGACGAUGUUGAGAACGCAAAAUAAAAUGAUAUACUGUAAA